GCCAGCGUGUGCGUGUGAGACAGCUUGCAUCUUUCAGAUCGUGCUCUCUGGAUACCAGCUCCGGGUUUGCUGGGGAGGAGGGGAAGUGUAUUUCAGUCCCCUGAGAUUGCUGUCUGUCUUGCUUGCUUUUUUUUUUUGGUGGGACAAAUUCUCUCCCACCCUUAUUUUGCAAAACAUCAGAGUCGUGGAUUUUUCUCUGAAAGACUUGAUCUAACGACGCAGUGUGGGAGAAUCUAGCUCCCUGGUCCUGUGUCUGACUGCGGCUGGGGGCUGGUGUAGAUCAGAGUGGGUGAUUUGUUCUGUUUCUUCUCCGGAUGCUGUUCUGUACAUGAAAGGAGGAGCAGCUCCCGAGGAGGCAUGGCAUGAGCUGGAAGCAGUCGCUGGAGAGUGACUGUAGAAGAUGUCGAACCAGAGUACUGGUGACACCAAGCCCCCAUGUUUACCCCGGAAUGGAUUGGUGAAGAUCCCCACCCAGCCCAAUGGACUUGGCUCUGCCAGCAUCACCAAAGGGACACCAGCAGUGAAAAACCGGCUGUGCCAGCCUUCUUCCGUGCCUGCUAUCAUCAGCCCAGCCUUACCCAAUCACAGUGACCUUCCCAUACCCAGUCUGGCAUCACCACUGUCCUUGGCGACUCUGGCAGGGGUGCCGUCCCCUUCCAGCACCUCCAUGGUGGGACUGAACUUGAGUGAAGCCUCCCUGAGAAAUGAGCACCCCUCCCCAGAGAGGCUCCCUGGCUCCCCCACGGAAAGGCAGCUUGCUGUGGAUGAAAAGAUCCUCAACCGCUUGUUCUGGUACUUUUCAGCCUGUGAGAAAUGUGUCCUGGCCCAGGUGUGUAAGGUGUGGAGGCGGGUCCUGUACCAGUCCAAGUUCUGGGUAGGCCUGACACCAGUGCUGCACACCAAAGAGCUCUACAACACUCUGCCCAGCGGUGAGAAGGAGUUUGUUAACCUCCAGGGCUUUGCUGUCCGGGGCUUUGACAGCUUUUGUCUGGUGGGGGUCUCAGACCUGGACAUUUGUGAGUUCAUUGACAACUACCCCCUGUCCAAGAAAGGGGUGAAGUCCAUGAGCCUUAAGAGAUCGACCAUCACGGACGCAGGGCUCGAGGUGAUGCUGGAGCAGAUGCAGGGUGUGGUGCGCCUGGAGCUCUCUGGCUGCAAUGACUUCACAGAAGCCGGCCUGUGGUCGAGCCUGAAUGCUCGCAUCACCUCCUUAAGCAUCAGCGACUGCAUCAAUGUGGCUGAUGAUGCCAUUGCCGCCAUCUCCCAGCUGCUUCCCAAUCUGACUGAGCUCAACCUGCAGGCCUACCAUGUGACGGACACAGCCUUAGCCUACUUCACUGCCAAGCAGGGCUAUACCACCCACACCCUGCGCCUCAGCUCCUGCUGGGAGAUCACCAACCAUGGGGUGGUCAACAUGGUGCACAGCCUGCCCAACCUGACCGUGCUGAGCCUCUCUGGCUGCUCCAAGGUGACUGAUGAUGGGGUGGAGCUCGUGGCUGAGAACCUGCGGAAGCUGAGGAGCUUGGAUCUCUCAUGGUGCCCUCGGAUCACUGACAUGGCCCUGGAGUAUAUCGCCUGUGACCUGCAUAAACUGGAGGAGCUCGUUCUUGACAGGUGUGUGCGGAUUACAGACACUGGACUCAGUUACUUAUCCACCAUGUCAUCCCUUAGGAGCCUGUACCUCCGCUGGUGCUGCCAGGUGCAAGACUUUGGUCUGAAGCAUCUCCUGGGCAUGAGAAGUUUGCGUCUGUUGUCUCUUGCUGGCUGCCCCCUGCUGACCACCACUGGGCUCUCAGGCCUUGUUCAACUUCAAGAUCUGGAGGAGCUGGAGCUGACCAACUGUCCUGGUGCCACCCCGGAGCUGUUCAAGUAUUUCUCCCAGCACCUGCCGCACUGCAUGGUAAUCGAAUAAGCAGCCCCAAGGAUUGGCCAACCUUUGGAGCUGUCUCCUUCAAUCCCAACCCAACACUGGUCAACCAACCAGAGUUAUCAUUUUGUUUUAAUUUUGUUAUGUUUUGGGAGAGAUGCUAACGACUAUGUUGAUUUAAACCACUCACCAUGUGUACAGCAAUCAAGAGCUAGUUAAUCACAUCAACGCACUGGAUGAGGACACCUAGAGAGAGGGGUAUUUGCGAUCUCCGUAGAGAUGGGCACCCAUCUGUUCCAUAAGACAAAACCUCCUGCAAGAAUCUCUCUGCAAAGUUUGUAAAUUUUCCACGCCUCCAUCAUCACUCAUCUUCUUUGUAAUGGUCUGUCCUGAAAAAAAAAAGUUAAAAAACACAGCCAAACAAAAAACCAACAAAAAAUGAGCAAACAAAACAAAGCAAAUGAAUGACCAUGAUUGGAGAGUUGGGGUGGGUUGGCACGGUUUCAUGUCCUGCAUGGUGUCCCACUCAGUGCUGGAUCCCAUGUGGUUUCUGCCCAAUGUCUCAUGUCACAGCAGUUAGAAGUUCCUUCUGAGACCCCCCACACUUCUGGGGGUCUUGGCGGUGAGUCUGGGGGAGGGGCCUGAUUGGAGCCCCUCCCCAUUCUGGGUUCUGUGUUUCCAUCAUGGCAUAUGUUGGCAGGAGCUGAGACAGAAAGCUUAGAAGAAAAGAGGAGAAUCCUGAGGGACAGAGAGACUCGAAGGAGAAAGGAUGAAAUUCCUGAUGCCAUGUGUUUGCUCUGUCUCUUAAUUACUUCAGCGGGACACUGCAGGGUCUGCCACGCUGGAGACAUUUUAAAAAAUAAACCGACCAACGCUGUGAAAGAGAAGCACAGGGCCCGUUCUGAGGCUUUUGGCAGGCGGGGUGUCUUCUGCUCCCGAAGAUGGAGCUGAUAUGCUGUCCAUGAUCGUCUUGUCUUCAUUGAAAACAUGGAUCCGUGAGCAAGUUUCCUGAGAAACAAACAAACCCAACUCCCCACCCAAUCCUCUGAAAACCCAAUAGCCCCAAGGUCACAUGAUCUGGGGUAGACGGUCGCCUACUGCUGUUUUCAUUUUGUUAAUAAGAUGUUCUUCUCAGAACAACCUGCAGCCUUCGCAUGCUAGCUUGCUUCAGUCUUGUGGUAAGGUAGGUUCUGGAAUGCGUAGGGACUGGGAGGGUCUAUGGGGCAGCCCUCUGCCCAGCUCCAGUUCUCUUCCAGUGUGAAGCUGGUGUGGCUUUGUAUCCAAUCCACAUACAUUUAUUGGAGUACAGGUUUAACUGUGGGAGCUAGGAGCCUAAAGCAGCUCCGCCUCCUUCACCAGCCUGAGCCUCCUUCAACUAUCUCCCUUCUAGAGCUGCAGGCUCGAGAAGGGGUGAGAAAGCUAUGGCGUCCUACUGGGCUUGAUUUGUGGCAGCAUGCCGUAUGCCUGGCAGCAUCUUUCCCCAGGCUCACCUCGAGGCCAGCUCAGUUCUAGGACAGAGGGAAGGCUGGCAGCACAUCAAUCAGACCAGCCUGGAAUCCUACGAAGGCAGUGGGCCCUAAACUGUGGGGUGCAGUCCCCAGGGGGGUGCGGAGGAACUUCCAGGGUGCCCUUUGCUCUGUCCCCAGCUCAUCUCCAGCCCCACCCAGGCCCCAGCCCCAGUUGUAGCCCCCAGCCCCAGUUUAGGGUUACCAGGUUAUUCACAGUAACAAGCCUCUGCCACUGGGGGGUGGGGGGGCUGUGGAGGCAGGAAGAGUAGCAGCUGCUACUGGAGCCUGGAGGAGCACUCAGCACCCGCUCCAGCCAAGAGAGGUACUGGAGGCUUCCCCGUCCUACUCCACUCACCCCUCCACCCCGGAGCAUGGCUCCCACACCCCUGUCCUGCUCCAUUCAUUCCCCACCCCCAGAGCACAGCUCUCCCUGCUUCAUCCUGCCCCACUUACCCCCACCCCUAGAGCAUGGCUCUCUCGCCUCUGUCCUGCUCCACUCAUUCCCCACCCCCGGAGCAUGGCUUCCCCUCCCCUGUCCUGCCUCACUCACCCACCCCCUGGGGGCCCUGGACCAAGUAAGGAGCGAUGCAAUCAAAAAAGUUUUGAGACUACUGUACGAAGGUGACCACCUUUUCAAAAUGCAACAAUGGAACACAUGCAGGGGUCCCACCCCUUUCAGUGGCCCCAGCCCCUCCUCUUCCUCUUCCCCCUGAGGCCCCACCCCCUGGGCAGGCCAGAAGCCAGAGCCAAGCAGUAGUAAGAGCCUCCCAGGCAACCUGGGCUGCUGUGGGGAGCCCUGGGCCUGUGUCCCCACCUCCUUGGGGCAUGCAGUUCAGGGCAGGUAGAGGAAUCCACAGCAGCCCAGACUCCCUGGACGGCUCUAACUACUGCCCAGCCUGGCCAGCAGCAGAGCCUCAGAGGGCGGGGGGGAGAGGAGGAGCAGGAGCGGGACGUCACGGUGGGGUGGGGCUAAGGCCCAUCUCAGCUCCUGGGAAGAGGCUGGCACUGCCCCCUGAACCUCAGGCAGGGGCAGAGCAGCACUGCUGGGAAUCCAGGACAAAUGUCCCAGAGUCAUUCAGCCCAGUACCGGGUCUUGAACUCUGCAUUUCUGGGCUGUCCUGCCCAAUUCAGGACAGGGUGGUCACCCUAGAUACUGGCUUUUCCCUUCUUGCUACUCUGCCCUCCAGACCACUUGUGGCUCCAAGGGGGAGGCUUUCCCAUGCUGCUUUCAGGCAGCUACCACUUUGACCUGCUGCUGGGCCCUGGCUCAAAGGACCCCUUUACAUCUCCCUGUGGCCUACCCACCGUCAGAAGCUGCCAGCAGAGUCCCCUACCCCUGAUGCAUCAGGAGGUGGCUAGGGCUCCAGUGCCUGAGCAGCACCUGGGUGCUUGGAGAAUGUCCCCUGUGCUGCACUCAGGUCCCAGUCCAGGAGGGGCAGGGGGGAUCUGAGAGAGGAAAGACCGGCUCAGCUGUACUGUCCACAGCCCAAACCAGCUCUCAUCAGCUGGGCUCUUUAGUCUUCUGGGGAUGAAAUCUCUUUUGUUUUGGUUUUGUUUGCGGGGAAGUGAGGGCCAGGGAAAGCCAACAGCUUGUGGGGAGCCAGGCUCUCUUCCCAUCACUGCUCAUUCUUGUGCUGGUGCAUUUCUGCUCCAUUUACUGCUUGCAGUGAGGUUGGAGGAAGCCCACUCCCAGCUUCAUGUACUUGCAUAUAUCUCAUCCCAUGCAUGUCCCCCAACAGACUGAAUUUACUGCUUUGGAGGGAUGCCCCCCCUCCCUCUUCAGUCACCAUCUGGGCCUCCCCUCUCCUCCAGGAAGGAAGUUGAUGGCAAUACAGCCAGCUGGGUGGAGCUCCUGGGCUGGAGAGAGGAGCAUGUUGUUUUCUAGGGAUGGAUGCAGGAACGUGUGAUGAAGAGAUUGGGAUUCUGUAGGGGUGGUGUCAGGAGCGUCACUCAUUCAUACCCUGUGGCUGACUCACAGUUCCUGGGUGCCUUGACAGUCUCCUGUCCCAUUGUAAUCAAAAGCCAGAGCAAAUCCAUCUCCUGUGGUGUGGAAAAAUGGAGUCUGCAAUGCAGGAGAAGCAGCCCCAGGACCUAAUGCCAGUGUAGCUAUUCCAGCAUCUAAAGCCAUCUCCCAGACACCAGCAGAAAGAGUCCAGGCAGUGACCGCUCUGUGUCUCUUCUCACAAGUCCUCCCAACAUCAUCAGCACUUUCUACACUGCCUCAUCCCUGACCUCAGCCAGGAAUGGCCUGAAGGGAAGGGUGCUGACCACAGCAGUUGUUUGAAGGUUCCCGUGGUUAGACACUUUCAGUCCUAAUCUCAGUCCCUUCUUCUCGAGCAGGCAGGGCCAGGAGCUCUGUAGGAGGCAGCACACACAGCCUAAGAAGGGAAGGAGUGCCUUGCAUUGCUCAGCAGCAAUCUGCCCUGUUGCUGUUAGAAGCUCUUGUAUUGAACCAUAAAUGGACAUGGCGCUUUGCAAACUAGACCUGGUUCCUGCCCUAAGGCCCUUACAGUCUAGCAGUUAAUAGGCACCCUGGUUUCAGCAUAGGGCAGUAGGUAACAGCUGCUGAUUAGGUGAAGCCAGGGGUGUAACUGGAAGGGCUUGUCAUGGAGUCUUUAUUACUAGCUGGGAUUAGUGCCCCUGGACUCUAUGCUGUUUCUAUGACAUCCACUUCCACUCCCAACAUGCAUUUGGUACCAGACACUGCAGCAGGCAGGGCGGUCUGGAUCCCAGACCACUGGGCUUUCUCAUGUGCUGAACAAAGCCAGGAGACUCUCUGCUGGUGCCAAAAAAAGGUUAGGGGCCCCUUUCCCGAUUCUGAAAUCUGUCCCUUCCAUCUUCCCCAUAGCCUCAAUCCCUACCAUCCAACCUCCCAGCUCCUGCCUAGCUCUCCCUUAACCCCCAUCCAACCCUCAGACUCCCCAGCUCGCUCAUGGCCCCCUACAGGCCCCCAGAUCCCUCCACGGUCCCCCUCAUUCCCCUCCAUGCUGAUCCAGCCUCCCACCCAGCUCUUCCUCCAUCCUCCUUCAGUCCAGCCCUCAGUUCCUCCAGCUCUUAUCCAAUGAUUCCUCUAGGCCCUUUUAGCUUCCCUGCUGCCCCCCACUUCCCUGAUCCACCCCACCUUGUUUCAGGCCCCCACAAGCCACCCCAGCUCCUCCCUUGGUCCCCUCCAGCUCUGUUCCAACCCCCCUCUGUUCCCCAGCUCUGAAUUAGACCCCCCCAAGCUCCAUUCUGACACCCCCUCCUUUUAACAGUUCCAAUCCAGCCCCCUAGCUCCACCCAGUUCCUACCUAGCCCCUCUAGUUGCCCAUCCCCAGUUCCCCCCAACUUUUCAGCCCUAUGCAAAACAGCUGAUGCUUUUACCUUGUGCAGCAUGGAGAGUUGGGACAGUGUGUUACCCAUCUCCGUCCCCCAUGCUGCAGUUCCCUCAUGCCUUCUCCACACACCCUUGCUGUCUGCUCCCACCUGGAACCUACGGUUGUUCUGGCCGGACGGGCUACCCCCUUUCCCUGGGUUAGUUGUGGCCACAUAACCUUUUGGGCCCUGGUGCAACUGCACAACUUGCACCACAGAGGAGGGGAGAUGACCCACAACACCUCGGACUACAGCUCAGCUGCUCAGUAAUGAACUGGUUUAAUUGUUUCUAAUAAAUAUGUAUGGACACAGCUUUCUUAGUGGACAAGAAAGAACUGAUUUAGUAAUCACUUUUUUAUUACAAACUUUCAUUGCCAUAAAGAUUUGUAAGCUUUAAGUGAUCGAUCUUUAGGCUAUUUUGCAACUUCCUGCUCCAUUGGCCUCUCCUUCCCUCCCUCCGCCCUCUCAGUUACUGCAUGAUUUCUGGGUGUAUGAGGGGCAUGACAGGGGAGCCACUAACUUGGCUAAGCUGUAGCUUUGGUUGCUAAUUGCACUAUAGGCAGGUCCUUUGCUCAACUUGCCAAAACCACUGGUUAGACAGCUGGAGCUUUGUUCAUUUGACAUUUUCAGUCUUCCCAGUGGAAACACUGGAAAACUCUGACCAUUCCCAGGAAAUCCACAGGGACUAACAGCUAUGCCAGCCCACCUGCUGGGAUACCCACUCCCAAGGCCUCUGAAGAGGAGCAGCUGUGGACAUAGGGUAAGCAGGUCUAAGGUGCUGCUGGGCUAGGCCUGGAACCUCAGGGAUCACCCCAAGAGGCUUGUUUCUCAUGAUGGUCUUCUCUAACUGAGGAAUUCCUAGAGCUACUUCUGCUCAGUUGUAUGGUGAUGGGUUUUUACACGGGGUUCUGCUUCUUACACGGGGCCUGGAAGCCCCGAUCCUCCUCAGAAAUAACACUGCAACCAAGUGCAGAGGGUCCUGAGGCAUGUCUGGAAACAAAGAGGGCCUAGUGCAGAUGAAUGAGCAAGAAAAGAGAAGUUUCAGAGUGGUAGCCGUGUUAGUCUGUAUCAGCAGAAAGAACGAGGAGUACUGGUGACACCUUAGAGACUAACAAAUUUAUUUGAGCAUAAGCUUUUGUCGGCUAAAGCCCACUUCAUCAGAUACAUGCAGUGGAAAAUACAGUAGGAAGAUAGGCUUAUGCUCAAAUAAAUUUUUUAGUCUCUAAGGUGCCACAAGUAUUCCUCGUUCUUUCUGCAAGAAAAGAGAGACUGCAUUGGAGAAAGGUGAGCUGUAGAGCUGGAUCGGCGGGAGGGAGGAAGGGAGCAGGAAGACUUUAGGGAGGGUAUUAAAGCCUUCUCUUGCUUAGGUGCCAAUAUUUCUAGAGCUGCCCCUGCAGCCACCUGCAGAUUGAACUCACUGUGCAACUAUGGACCAUGUGAAUCUCUGCAUCCCCCCAACUCCACCCCAAUUACAUUUUCCCUACUAAGCUGCUACUGCUAGGACAGGGAUGUCAACAGUACCUGGCAUCUCACUGCUGCUCAGUUAAUAAGCCAUCAGAUCACACAGGUUGUUGCAGGCAGCCUCCCACACUGAGCUCUGACUGCUUCUGUGUACUUGAUCAAGCAGGAAUCCAGAGGUCACCUUCAGAGUUUACUUGUCCAUGGAGAUGUCUAAAGGAGUUCCCUGCCCUUUGAACUAUUUCCUGCUCCUCAGGUUCUCUUCAGACAGACUUGUCUGCCCUGGGACACUUAUGGCGUCAUCCACCAUGAUCUAUAUUUAACUCUCUUCCCUUCUGAGUUCAGAUACUGAUUGGUAAACUGGAGCAGCCCAGAGGCCCGCACUUUACAAUCCAUUGUUUUUUCCCUUCUUGCUUAAACUUUGUCCCAGACCCAGCUGGUAAAUUUUGCACAUGUAAAUUGAGAUCUGUUGGCCGAAGGAUAGGCAAGAGAAGACAGGUUAAGCAUUUUUAUGGAGUUGAUCCUGUCAGGUGUUGAGCCCCUGCGACUCCCAUUUUCUUCAAUGUUAGUAGAGAGCUUUAUGUGUUACCUUAUUCACCGUAAGUGAGCAGGCACGGGACAAAGGUGACAACCCACAAGGACACAAGGAUUAUUACUGCUAUUGCCCCAACAUGCUAGAUGCUGUAUAUUGUAACAGACAAUCCCUCCCCCAAAGAGUUUAUAAUCUAAACAGACAAGGCAGACAAAGGAGAAAUUGAGGCACAGAGUGAUGAAGUAACUUGCCCUAGGACACAAAGCAGAUCAGUAGCAGAGAAUAAAACCCAGGUCUCCUGAAUCUGUAUCCAGUACUCUACCCACUGGAUGACACUCCAUCUUCAAGGAGGUUGCAGUUAUCUGAACCCAGGAUUUGCCAUACUCAGUCAGACCAUUGCUCCAAGUCCAAUAUUCUGCAUCUGACAGCAACUAAAACCUGAUGGUUCAAAGAAGGGGACUCCAUAAUGUGCCUGGCUAACUGUGCAAUGGUGCCUGUGAAGGUGGGCAAGGGUAAACGCCUUCCUGACCCAGAAGAUCAUCAGUUUGAGAGUUGGCUGUUCUUCUCUGGGUUUGUAAAUUGUUAUAAAUAGUAUUGCUAUAAUUUUCUCCAGCUCUUUCCCAGAUUAGUUUAUCAUUAGCUGUCUUUCCACCACGAGCUCUUACAAUGCUUAAUUUGGCCAUGUGGUCUUAUUGAAAUAUAUUUUGGUGUGGGCUGGGUCCCCGAUCCUUAAAAUCCUGUAGUUGUUUGAGCGGAGCUGUUGUCUUCAAUUGCAGUUGAGGGCAGUUGGCACUUUGGUGGAUUAGGCUGGUUCCUUUUGGGGACUGAGCUAGCAAUUGCUUCUCUGUAUUGCGAUGAUUAAGCCUCAUAUUUGUGUAGGACCCUGUAUGCUUCCCCUCUGCGUUAGUGCCAUUCUCCUGGAGCUCGAGUUUUACUGGAAAUGGCUGAGCAUGAGGUCAUGGUUGAGGACUAAGAGCCAAAUGAAGGGCCUAUCCAUCUGGCAAAGUGAUGUAGAAAUUGAUCAGUGCAGCAACUUUGUGCUAAUCUCACAAGCUCAUUUGCUUUUAAUCACAUUAUGUACCAGAUUCAUCCCUAGUGCAACACCAUUGACGUCAAUUUGAAUUUGAAAUUGGCCUCUGGUCUAUACAGAGCUGUAACGUGAUGAUACCAUGCUUUGGUCCCAUCUGUGCAGGCAAGACCAAACCAUGUUAUAACGUGGUCAAGAGGCUAUUGUGGCAUAGAUUCCAUGGCACCAAUCUGCCAUUGCAGAUGGUUUUUAUGUAUCAUUUCAGGAGUGAUACUGCUACAGGGACCAGGUAGAAGAUAGCCUCAUGCACAGGGGUUUUGAAUGAAACUCUGAGAAUGGGACUCUCCCACCCCUUACACCCAAAAGCUAGUCCUGCCCAUAAAUCUGAUGCAUCAGGUUGUCCAGAGUUUUCCAUCUGCUCACUGGAGUUCUCAACAGUGGAAGGGGGUUGUGAGGAAGGCUUGGGCAUGUUGGAGAAGCCAGCAAGCAGAGCGUGUCUUCAGAAAGAAAUGGUGUAUUUUUUCUUCUAAGGGAAAGGAGAACUCAUGAGGUUGGCUCUUGGACCUGAGUGUGACAGGACCUUCCUUACGUUGUGGAGCAGAAUCAGGACAGGAUCUUGGAACUUCUAUAGUAUGGGUGUGAGCCAGUCUUCCCCUGCUAUCCUGUGUUAGGGGAUGGGCUGGAUCAACUACUAAGUCUUUUCUACCUCUAACCCUUAUGAUCAUUCUGUUUAGUAACUAUAUUUAUUCGCCUGACUCUAUGCUUCUCUCCUUUCCAUACUCAUUUCAUAGUGCCUCCAAGAAGGUGAUUCAUUUUACUGCCCUUAAAACUUAUCCUGGGGAACUUCAGCUGAGAUGGAAAAUAAAAUGUCAGAUUUUAAAAUGUGGCACGUCUUUACCCUCCUGCUGGUGGCUAAGGAGCUGACAAAGUGACUUUGUGUGGCAGCCCAGCAUCGGAGUGAAGCAAACAGUAUGGUUGCUGCUUCCACUGUGGUUUUACAAUCAAGCGAACUUUACCGGUGGCUAGGCCUCCAAACUGGGAGUGUCACACAAGAAGUUAGUAUUCUGCAGGGAGGGCAACCUUGGAAGGGCACAGAGAUGCAGAUUUGCAAAGUGAAAAGCCUUUCUUUGCAGUCAUGGUACAGCUGAUACACAGGAGCUCUGUUACAUGAGGCACUGAGCACAAUGAGAGUGUCUUGCUUCUAAAGGGUGUGAGAAGCUAUUACAUUUUAUUUUAAAAAAGAGGGGAGAGGAUAAUUAUAAAACUAUAUGGGCUACACUGUGCGUUUAGGGCAACCUCUGACUCGGAGUUAUGCGGUGGUACACCUAUAGUGCAGGAGCUGCCAGAAGCAUUGGCUCUUAAUCAGGCACAAUGCCUACCAGAGUUCUGGGAAGCACAACUGUUUUGGCACAAUGUAGUCAGUAGUGCAAUAGGAGCAGGCAUAAUAACACGCCCCCCUUACCCCUCUUUGCCUUCUUUGGAGUGACUAGGAUCAGUGUCAGCACCUAACAGAGUCUGUGCACUAAGGGGAGCACAAGAAACCAAUUGCAGGGGUGGACCAAGGGGGGGGGGCAGCUUGGGAUUUAAACUGUCUCCUGCAGUGUUGAAAGACUCAACACAAGAGCAUUGUACUAAGGCAGGAGAACCAGAGAAUGAAACUGACUUUAAACAGAAAGGGAAACGAGUUCAAUUGGAUUGUCCAAGCAGUGUGAGACGCAAAAACCAGGAAGCAUUCUGCAGUAGAAAGUACUUUUGAUUUUUAAAUAAUUUACAGAAAUACAUUAUAUGUAUUAUGUUAUACACAUUAUAUGACAAGAUCCCUAACUGGUGUAAACUGGCAUGACAUCAUGGUCUUACUGAUUUAUAUCAGGUUAUGAGCUGGAGAGACGUCCCAAGAUUAUUCCCAACAGUAUGACCCUUUCCAGUUGUUUUUUUUAAUUCUGAACUUUCCAAAGAGACGUUACUCACCCAGGCAAAGCAACUAUGAUGUUUUAGUUGGGUGACUUUUUCAAAAACCUGUGAGGUCAGAGAAUGUGUUUGACACCAAUCAUAAAAGAACCAAGGCUUUCUUAUGAGCCUGAACACAGUGCUGAGGCAAUGAGGGAAUUCAAGAGAAAAGCAACUAAUUUCUAAUUGGAACAAUGAGUUUAAAAAUAUAAUAUUUAAAAGAAUCAGGGGAGGAAAUAUUGAUGGGCUGGUGUAAAUUGGCAAUGGAGCUAUGCAGAUUUACACCAGCUGAGGAUCUGUCCCAAUGUUCCUAAACUGGCUGACACAGAUCAUCCCAAUCCUUACAGGGUUCUGUCACUGGCUUGGUUCUGAUUCAAGCUCUUUAGCACCCCAGUUAGGUGUCCACUGGGCCAAAGUAUUACUGAAGUUUCUGACAUUGUGAUAUUUCAAAUUACUAUAGAACGAAAAUAGAUGGGGAGAGAAAAAAAUCUGAAAAACAUUUUCUUACUGUACAUACGACCUCAUUCUUCUGUAUAUUCUGAAGAUAUAAUCUUAUAUUUGGUAUGUGUUUCUUGUGCUAUUUUAUCACGUGACUUGUUUAUAAAAAUAUAUAUUAAAAAUUUUAAAAAAUACAA